UCACAUCAUCUUGUUCCCAUUCUCCUCCUCUGUCAAAUCCCACACUAACACAUAAUAAGACUUUUUUUAUUUUUUAUUUUUUUUCUCAAUCAAAUCAGGUGGUGGCUAAUAAUUAUAACGUAGCACGAGCAGUGGAAGAGUGUCCUCUCUUAGGUUUCUUUCUGGUUUUUCUUUCAUUAAAGCUACCUCCUACGUUUUCUGGAAGGAAAACAAAACUAAUAAACAAAUAGUUUUGCAAGAGUGUACAAAUAUUUAUUCUUCUGUUGUGAGUCAACUGGGUUGGGUGGUUAUAAACAAGAAUCGGACAAAUUAAAAACAUGUAUAAGGAAGCAUUAGCGGACCGCUCCGACGACGAUGGCCUCGGAUAUGUCGAAUAUGAUCCCACUGGACGUUAUGCUCGCUUGGAUGAAAUGUUGGGAAAAGGGGCGAUGAAGAAGGUGUACAAGGCAAUCGAUAUGGUGGUUGGGAUGGAAGUGGCAUGGAGCCAAAUAAAGCUGAAUGAUUUGCUUCAUUCACCAGAUGAUUUGCAGAGGCUCUACUCUGAGGUUCAUCUUUUAAGCACCCUCAACCAUGAUUCCAUCAUCAAGUUCUAUACUUCUUGGAUUGAUGUUCAAAACACCACUUUCAAUUUCAUCACUGAGAUGUUCACUUCUGGUACCCUCAGAGGAUACAGGAAGAAGUAUACUCGAGUAGACAUCCGAGCCAUAAAGAUUUGGGCUUGCCAAAUACUCACAGGCCUUGUUUAUUUGCAUUGCCACGACCCCCCGGUCAUCCACAGAGACCUCAAGUGUGACAAUAUUUUUGUGAAUGGCCAUCUUGGACAGGUCAAGAUUGGGGACCUUGGCCUUGCAGCAAUUCUUCAUGGAUCCCAUAGAGCACAUAGCGUUAUAGGAACACCCGAGUUCAUGGCGCCAGAGCUAUACGAUGAGAAUUACAACGAGCUCGUAGAUGUGUAUUCGUUUGGGUUGUGUAUUCUAGAGAUGCUUACCGGUGAAUAUCCAUACAGUGAAUGCAACAAUCCUGCUCAAAUUUACAAGAAAGUGACCUCGGGUAAAAAGCCAAGAGCAUUUUACAAGGUUGAAGACUUGGAAGCACAGCAGUUUAUUGGCAAGUGUUUGGAACCUGUCUCCAAGAGAUUAUCUGCUAAAGAACUAAUGGUGGAUCCAUUUCUGGCCCCUGAUGAUUCUAUCGGGAAGCCACUAACAAUGGUUCCGUGUCAAAAGCCUUUUCUGAAUGACAACAUUAUUGGAAUGGAGGACCUGAAUUUGAACGAAGAUGUGCCAGCAACCAGCAUGACUAUCAAGGGGAAGUUGAAUCCUGAAGAUGAUACCAUCAUUCUUAAGGUGCAGAUUGCUGAUAAAGAAGGUGCUGUUAGGAACGUGUAUUUUCCAUUUGACAUUUUAAGCGACACACCAACCGAAGUUGCAAAUGAAAUGGUGAAGGAAUUGGAAAUCAGAGACUGGAAACCAGCUGAAAUUGCAAACAUGAUUGAUGGGGAGAUUAGUGGUCUAGUACCCCAAUGGCGGAAAUGGAAUCAGUAUGAGCCAGUAGUUGAUCACCAUGUACUUAGUUACAAAGAUGAUUUCCACAAUCCUUUCUGCUCACUCUCAUCCAGCAGCGCAUCAUCCCAAGGCUCGGUUUCAGCUCCAAUAACUUCUCAAGACAUGCAAGAUGAAGCAUACGAGGAAACAGUCUCCCAGAGCUCUUCACACUCAUCAGGAAACUAUUCCAACCUCAAUUACUUUUCAGCAGAUCAUGAGAGCAGCCCAAGAAGGCAAAGUCCGGCAGGCAUUGGUGUGAGCCACAGCAGCCAUUCAAGAUUCUGCCCCGGGGAAAGUUCAAGCACGGGGGAGGCCGUAGCGCGCAUGUGUCACAGACAGUGCAGGGCUAUGAUUGAACAGAAACAAGACAACAUGCGGAGAUUAACAAGGAACAAGUCGCUAGUAGACAUGCGCAGCCAGUUGCUGCACCGGACAUUGAUAGAGGAGGUGCACAAGCGGCGGCUGUUCAAGACGGUUGGAGCAGUGGAGAAUAUCGGGUUUGAAGUGCCUCGUGAGGGAUCCUGCAGAUCAAAGAGGUUGAGUGAUCAUUGUGGUCAUAAACCAAAGAGGAAUAAUUCAUGAUUCUUGCUUGCUAGCUAGCUCAUUGUAUACUACAAUAUAUUAUGAUUGCCUAUUACAUUACAAUGUAUGUGUAAAUAUCUUUAUACUAGUGUAAUGUCAUCCUCAAGAGAUUACAGAUA